UUCCCGCCCCCCGACAAUGCCGGCUUCAUACACGGGGCUACGAGCUGGUCGGUACCGCACGCAGCCCGCCCUGUGCGCCGGGGCUGGACGCAGUUCAGUGUCCAUGCCCUGGAGCCGUGCUUCUCGCCUCCGCUCGCACUCUCGGGCUUCCGCAGAGCCGGGCGCACGGCCGCGACGCACACGCCGCCCGCUCUCACGCCCCAUAGGCCGCACACUCCCGCCACUCCCGCACCACCGGUCAAUGGACGCCGGCACCGCAGCCGCCGGCGGAGCCCCGGGCGGAGCGGCGAGCGCGAAGGGCCGGCUGGGACGGGGUGACGUCACUGCCGUGGCGGCCGGGCAGGGCCUUGUCGCGUUGUGUUGAGGUGAGGGGCGGGAUGGCGGUACCGGGUGCCUGGGGCCGGUGUCCUCCGCUUACGCCGGCCCCGGGGCUCUGCAAGGCGGCAGGCCCGGACGCUGCCAGCCACGAGACUGCUUACUCCAGCGCUGACAAGCUGCCGGCGAGCCGCCUGCAGCCGCGGCCCUCCGCCCGCCCAGAGUGUUGCUGCCCGGCCUCGGGCUGUGCUGUCCUGCCCUCACAGGCUGCUGCUGUGCCUCGGGCAGCGUCGCGCCCUGUUUGCCCGUGGGCCGACCCCGCGGCUAGGGCUGUGAGAGGCUUCUGGUCUUCCCUUGUGUUUGUGUCCCGGCGAAGGAAACGGUUCUUGCCAACUAGGACCUUGUCACCCUUCCUUGCAGUUCACCUGCUGCUUUCUGCUCAUGUUUUCAUUCUCCCUUAAAGGCCUAGUGCAGGCAUCCUGGAUGAAGCGUAUUCGGGGUCUCUGGAAGAAACGGGCCCAGACAUUGCCUGGCGUCAGCUCUGCUUUCCUUCUUUUUGCCGUUCCGCUUUCUGCUGGUGAGGCUGUAUUGGCCUUGCCGUCUGCAGGGCAGCUCCACACACCAGCUUCCUGCCUCAAGGGCACAGCCGCCGUGUGUCUGAGGUCCGCACUGGCCUUCUGGCUUUGGCUGUGAUUUUGGGUUUGGGUUUUUUUGUUUGUGGGGUUUUCUUUUUUUUUUUUUUUUUUUUUUUGAGGAAGGCUGAGGUUUUCUGUGCCCUGCCAACUAGAUGUGAAAGCUUAACAGUGCUAAUGGGGAAGUGUGACAGAUGCCCCCCACUCCGGUCGAGCAGCACUUUGGUUCAGACAUCACAAACAUCACAAAUAAGCAGACCUGACCAAGACCAGCUCUGCUGUGCAAACCAUGGGAACCAUGUGAGGAUGCAUCUUCUCAGGCGCAGAAAGGCUAGGCCAUGUCUUAUCAGAAGAUAACAGCACGAGCCUGAGUUGGGACUAGACAAAACUAAUACUGCCAUCUGCACAAAUACCAAGGCGGGGCUUGAGUACAAGUCCAUUACUUUGCCCUAUAAGUGUCUGGAGCCUUCCAAAGUCUGAGCUUUCCUACCCAGCAGUGAUCUACUCUUGAGCAGAGACACCUCUCGAGGAUGAGGGAUCUUUUAUCUGGCCCUUGAGACCUACAGGGAGUUUCCUGCUCAGAUGUUAUUCGAAGAGCAACUGACUGCCCUGGGAGGUGAGAACCUCAUUAACUUCCUCCUGAGGGAUGAUAUUCCCUGCCCUGAAGUCCUAGAGGAGGAGAACUGUCCCCCAGAAGACUGUAGUGUGUCAGAGGCUGCGCACCUGGAUGAGGAGAUGGAUGACUUAAUUUUCUCUAUGCUGAACCCUUCGGAAGAUGAGCUAGAAGCACUGCAGGAAUAUUUGCUUGCUGAAAGUGACAGCAGCAUUUCUGAACAUCAGCGUCUGUGCUACAGCCCUGGCAGCAACUUUGACGGCAGCUGUCAGAGUUCAGAAAUUGUGCAUAUUGAUCACAACUAUUUCUGCCCUAUGCUGGAGAGCAGGAGCUCUGACAUAUCAGAAGGAGAUCCUUCCCCUGAGCUUGAGACAAGGAUGGAUUUGGAAGGCACAAGUAUGUCAGCAAAACACAGUUCCAGUUUCCCAAUUCCUGAUGCUAUGAAUGCUGGACCCCAGCUUGUGCCUGGAAGUGUUGCACAGGCUGAAGAGCAUCUUCAGAAGAAUAUGCAUCAGAAACACUCAGCCCAAGGUAGUCAUGGCAGUGAUAUCAGCGUGGACUGCGUGGCAAACAAGUCAUUGUCAGAGCAGCUGCAGGAACCACAGGCCUCAGGAACACAGUCCACCACUGAAACUACAGCAAAAGCCAGCAGCAUGGUCCUGGUUCUGUCCCUCAACCUUAUUGUUACCUCCAGCCUCCUCUCUAUUCAGAGUGAAGAGACACAGACAGAGGUCACAGUGUUAUCACAGCAGAUCUCUGAGUUCCCAGACAGCACGGUACUUGAUGUGCAAGAGGACACUGCGCUGGAGUUGUGCUUCUCAGAUUCUGAGCACCCCUUGAUGUCCAUAAGUGUUACUCAGUCACUGGAUCAGGGGCAGACCCCUACCCAGCAGCACUGUGCCAAUGAGGUGUUACCACUACAAUCUCCUGCCUCUUGUGGUGAUACCCUCACACCCUGCCAAGCAGGGACAAACAGAGCAGUAUUAACAGAUAAUUAGCAAAGUGGAUUCUUCUGAAUACUCUCCAUAUUUCUGGGUUUACUCAGAAGCUGGUUUAGGGUUGACCUGUUCUGACACUGUACAUUUUAUGCCUAUAACAGGGCCCUGUCUGAGAUAGGGUAGGAACUCUGGAAACUUUGCUGUGGCUUCUGACAAGGCCUACAGCCCAGGGUGUAUCUUGUGGUUUGUGGGGGUGGGCUGUGGCAUGGAGGGUGAAGGUGAUUGAGCCUCAGGUGCCUUUGCUUAGUGUAACUGGGUGCAGCUGGUGAUGGAGGCCACUGCCCUGCUUCCCUGCCCAUGUUGAGAUGAACAGGCUCUGUCCUGCACUUCUUGAUCUAUCUAGUGGCAGCAAGUAUCUGCCUGUUGUCACUUCCCAUUUAUCCUGUGGUGUUGCCUGAUCUCCUGGUGUGAGCCUGGUGAAGUGACUUUGAGUGACAUCACAGAGAGUGGUCCUGCAAUUGCAACAGGCCCUAUGUGUCACCUGUUCCUGCUAGUAUAUGAGCCACAGGCACAGCUCCUGGCCUGGCUAGAGAAGGUGAUGUGGAGUCCUUCCCAAGCCAUGUCUUCUGUUUCUCUUUCUUAGGGGCGGAGCCUUUAAUCUCCCACAGCCCUGGAAGCAGGGUUUCUAGGCCUCAGAGAGAAGCCAUGCCCCAGACUGAACUAAAUGACCAUGGAGCAGAGAGCUGGUGGCUGUUAUGAAGGCUUUUCUGGUCACAAGAUGGUUUCAGAGCUGCAGCCUUUUGUGUCCAAGCUUUGCUGCACUGACCAAAGAUGCAGAAAAUUGAUUUUGUUUGCACUCUGGGGCUGUGCAGAAACACUUCUAGCUGGUAUGUGAUAUCUUUCCUGAAGUGCAUUUUAGUGAUGUCUCUUUAGCAUCUCUCUUCAUACUACAGGUUAUUUCAAAGAAUCUAUAAAAUGGUUUAGAAUCAUAGAAUCAACCAGGUUGGAAGAGACCUCCAAGAUCAGCCAGUCCAACCUACAACUCAGCCCUAUCCAGUCAUUUAGACCAUGGCACUAAGUGCCUCAUCCAGGCUUUUCUUGAACACCUUCAGGGACGGUGACUCCACCACCUCCCUGGGCAGCCCAUUCCAAUGGCAAUCACUCUCUCUUUAGACCUAAGGGGGUCUUUGAAGGUCUUCUAGUCAAAGCCCCCCACAACAAGAAGAAACAUUAACUAGAUCAGGAUAGUAAUUAGUAAUUUCCUUAUUACUAGCACAAAAAUAAAUACUGUAAGUGUGCAA